AUGGCCGCAUCAGAAGCCGUCACGAGCGUGGAGCUCACAACCCUCCCCAAGAUCGCCACAGGCAAGGUGCGCGACCUUUUCACCGUCGACGACAAGACGCUCCUCUUCGUCGCGUCGGACCGCACAUCUGCCUAUGACGUCGUCAUGGCCAACGGCGUGCCGGGCAAGGGCGUGAUCCUGAACCUGGCGACCGUGUUCUGGUUCAAGCUGCUCACGGCCAAGGUCGCCGGGCUCAAGACGCACUUUCUCGGCACGGACGCGCCGGCGUCGCUGUCGGAGGCCGAAAAGGCCAUCGUGCGCAACAGGAGCAUGCGCGUCCGCAGGCUCAAGGUCUUCCCCGUCGAGGCCAUCGUGCGCGGCUACGUCGCCGGCUCGGCCUGGGCAGAGUACAAGGCGAGCGGCACGGUGCACGGCCUGCAGGUGCCCGCCGGUCUGAGGCAGUGCGACAAGCUGCCGAGGCCCAUGUACACGCCGUCGACAAAGGCGGAGCAGGGCGACAAGGAUGUCAACAUCACGCCGGCGCAGGCGGCCGAGAUCGUCGGCGACAAGUACGCCGCGGAGAUUGAGAGGCUGGCGCUGGCCGUAUACGAGGCCGCGGCCGACUAUGCGGCAGGCAAGGGCAUCAUAAUCGCCGACACCAAAUUUGAGUUUGGGCUGGACGAGGAGACGGACGAGGUGGUGCUCGUCGACGAGGUGCUGACGCCCGACUCGUCAAGGUUCUGGCCCAAGGACAAGUACGAGGCCGGCCGGGACCAGGAGAGCUUCGACAAGCAGUUCAUCAGGAACUGGCUGACGGCCAACGGGCUCAAGGGCAAGGAAGGGGUCGUGCUGCCCGAAGACGUAGUCAAGGCGACGAGGGGAAAAUACGAGGAGGUCUUUAAAAUGUUAACGGGCAAGGCGGUCGAGGAGGCGCUGAAGGAAGGAUUUCCACGAUACAACGAUUACGACGAUUCCACAACUGCUGCUGCUUCAGACAUUGCUCAACCAAGCGUACUCCCAGCUGUACCAUCUCCCCCAGGAACCGCUUCGAGCUGGCCUUCCGAGUCAGAAAUUUAUGGCCCAGACCGCUUCGACGGCCCAGGCUACGCCCCCUAUUACGGACCAGAUCGCUUCAACUGCUCUGAUUUCGGGCCAGACUACGAACCAGACCGCUUCCUUGGGCAGCGUCAGGCACCAGUCAUACUGACGGAGGCUGCUCUGGCAGAGCUGAGGGAUGAACCAGACCUCACUUUGGACGACGUACCAGACAUCGGCUACCAGUGCAUGUUGGAGGGGCGAGCAGCCGCCGCUCAGGGCAUCUCUAUCAAAGACAGGAUGGCUCUGGAGGCCGGCCAGGUCACGCCCGGCUUGGAUGACACCGAGCACCUCCAGUACGCCAUUGAAGCAAUCACAAAGGACUUCCGCAGGGGAGGGCCGUCGAAUGCUACGGACAGCAACCAGUCCGACUAUUAUGAUCCGUCGAUACCUGAUUAUGACUAUCCCGCAAAAUACACACGACAUCCAGGGCCUAGAGGCGUAACCCCGCCGCCCAACGGGCGGAUGGAGCGUGACCUGCAUCUCCAGAAAAAUCAGUCGCAGCGUAAAGCAAGGUCCGAGAAAAAGAGGGAUGCAAGCAUUUCCCAGCCUUCCUCCCAGUCCACAUUGGUGCGACAUGGCCAGCCUCCCGGUGUGGCUGAUGUCUCAAAAGAAACCGACCCCAGGAACACUGGAAAGUAUCCUGACAGAUUUGAGGCCUCGUCCGCCAGGAGCAAAACUCACCUAUGUUGCCGGCCCCGUGCAUUACAGCAGCAAUCUUUGGCCAUUCUCAUGGCUCUGUGUGUGGUGAUAAUUGCACUCCUCAUGUUCUGCGCCAUCUACUCGCAGACCAACUCUGGCUUUGUCAACUACAACGGUACCAUAUAUGGAGGCCAAUUCUUCGUGUUUCGAAUGUUGCCGCAACUUCUCGCCUCGGUUGUUCUAUUCUACAGUCAGGCGGUGCUGAUGACUACGCUGCGCAUCUUGCCUUUUGCGCGACUAGCCCAGAGUUCGGUCUACUUUCGCAGUGGAGCCCUCUUUGAUGAUAUAUAUCGGCCGUCGAUAUAUCUUUUUCCGCGUCUGCCUCUCCCGUUACGGCCUGCGCCUUACCAGGUCUCAAUCGAUCCGAGGGAUAGACCUUACCCCGGUCGGCCGCCGAAGCAAGUCCGGAACCACAACUAUAGACAGACCAUUUUUGCGAGAGUGCUCUACUACUGGGAUAUGUGUCUGCCCUUACUCAUGAUGUGGUUGGUGAACUUCACUAUACCCUUGCAGAGCUCUCUGUUCACGGUUGUGUAUAUCGGCGACGAUACUUGGCGCUGGGCGACAGUUCAAGGAGUCGCAUGGACGCUUGUGGCACUGUACCUUGGCUUAUUCCUGGCGAUAUUCUUGACCAUAAGAUACUGGCAACAAAAUCCCAUAACCGGGCUUGCCUGGGAUAUCCGGUCGAUUGCGGACGUGGCGGCUCUCGUGUCGCACGGAAACCACCCCGACAGUAGUCCUGCUUUCAACCUGCUCCAGGACUACCGGGAUACUGAAGUUAUGGCCUCUCGUGACGAACUCAGAUGGGCUCUGCGAGACCGUGAUAGCGACAGGCUUGCUAUGUGGGAAAUGACUAUGGCGAUGGAGACACGCCCACGGACAGGAAACACGGCUGAGUUCGAGAACGUCCCAAUGCGAGGCAAUAUGAUUGAGUACGGCCUCGGCUCUGCAAGAGGCCAUGAGCUGGAUCUAGCCAGGUGGAGGAGUGCGAAAUAUCCAAUCACGCAAAAGGUGCGGGAUGCUCGCGAGCGCAUUCGGCCACAAGAAUCCCAGCGUGACACAGCCACAGAGAAGGAUGAGGAAGAUAUUGACAUCGAGGCUUCGCCACACAAUAGGAGGGUGCGGUAUCGCUGGCUGCCAUGGUGCUUCCGCACCCGUCAGUUGGUGUUCUUCAUUAUCGCUAUGGUCGCGAUGCUGAUCACGCUGCUGGCUGUCUCGUUCGCGCCCGCAACCAACAUUCAGAACGGCUUCUUGCCCGGAGUGCGCGCUGGCCCCGUCGACGGAAGCUUUUCUUCUGCGAAUUUUCUGUAUAGCUUUCUUCCCGCCUUCCUUGGUAUGCUCAUGUUUCUCAGCUUUCAGAUACUAGACAUGUGGCUACGCAUACUUCAGCCAUGGGGUGAACUCACGGCCGGACAGGAGGGAGCGUUGCCUGAGCGCUCGAUGCUUGCAGACUACGCAGCGUGUGUGCCACUGCAAGCAGCCUACCAUGCAUACCGUAAUCGUCACUGGCGUGUCGCCGCGAUCCAUACUCUGUCCGUCGUUUUUGUUCUGAUCCCCGUCGUGGGCGGCGGUAUGUUCAUGGCGCUCACCACCGACGAGAACGAAGUACGCAUGGUUCCCAACAUUCCGGCCUUUGGAUUCCUGCUUGCGCUCCUGGCGGUCUACCUUGUGGCUCUCGCAUCGUUCCUCCAUGGCAGGGGCCCAUUCAAGCUCCCACACGGGGUGACGUGCUUGGCCGAAAUAAUUUCGUUCUUGGCAAACGACGAUGUGGUCGAUGACAAGGUGUUUCACGAUAACAAACUCAGCAAGUCGCAGAUGAUGCGCAAAAUGGGUGUCGGCAAACCCAUUCAGCAGCAGACUCGGUGGCGUUUUGGUCUUGGCGCGGGACGGGACGGGCGCCUCGGUGUGAGAAGGGUCGUCAGGUUCACCGAAAGUCCGAGGUCAAGCCGGCGAAGCAGGAAAGCGUCGACUACGGGCGCGGGUGGGAAAUCAACCCACAGAGAUGGUAGCGGCGGGUCGAAGUAUGGGUGA